UUGGCAUCAAUUUUAUAGGUGUAUCAGGAUCACGCUAAGCAUGAAGCUCAAAGUACUAUGCAUUCACGGGUUCGGCCAAACACCUGAGAUGUUCCGCGCGAAAUCUGGCUCGCUGCGACAAGCAUUAAAGAAGAAAUGUGAAUUCGUGUUUGUCCAAGCGCCACAUAUGAUUCGUUCCGAUGGUGAUGCCGCACAAAUAUCUGUCGAUAUUCAAAAGGUCGGAUCGGAAGAUACUCCAAUCGUUGGCGUCGACAAUGGGUUAGGUUUUGCGUGGUGGACAAUCGAGGGAAGGAACCGUUUGUCCGAAAAUUGGGAUCCACUGACACCCCCGGUAGAAGGACAGCGCAUCGUAGGCCUGGAAGACUCUCUCCGUCUUAUUGAUUUUAAGUUCCGCACGGAGGGCCCCUUCCAUGGAUGCUUCGCAUUCUCUCAAGGUGCUUCCUUCUUGAGCAUUCUAGCUGCAAUUGCCGAGCGGAAUCGACAACUUAUAAACCCGCGAGUCGACAACAGAAGUACGACUCAUCGUGACAAUGAGAAGUUCAGCAACAGGGUGCCAGCAGACAUUGGACUAAAUAUACAAUUUAAGUUCGGAAUUUUCGUUUCAGGAUUUUUUCCCCAAGAGAUAGCCAUUCGUGAAUACAUCCGACAUCAUAUGCAAGCCACAGACGAUGCGAUUAAGACAGUUCACAUAUACGGAACAACUGACCAGGUCAUACCCGCGUCGAUGAGCAUAGCUUACCACGAUUUCUUAUACAGCUCAUACAGCCGUCAAGCAACUGUAUUAAUGGCUCACGAAGGAGGGCACUUCGUGCCACAUGAAAGGUCCAUCAAAGCAGCUGUGGUCUCGGCGCUCCACUGUUUUUCUCCAGUAGACAAUGUUAUUGUGGAAGGAUAAGAUGGAAUCAUGACAUAUACUUCUUCGAUGAAGACUAGGUUCCUUGGUAUUGGUGUAUUGCUAGAUGUUUGUACCGACGCAUCAUUCUCAAGUUAUGUGAGUACUAGCUGUGUGCACUUCUAUGCUUACAAUAUGAUGGUUUAUUGCUAUUUACAAUCAUAGUUCUAUUACAGUCCAUCUGUGUAUCGAGAACUUGAUCCAAAGCGGUUGCAGCUCUCUCUGCUCCUCUCGAGAGGGAGCGUGUAGAAGGGAGAUAUCGGCAGCACUGUAUAAGUGGGUCAACGAGACUCUAGCUAAUACGGGUUCGUAUACUGACCAUAUGGCUGUCUGGUAUCUGGACAUAGAUCGAAAAUAAAUUACGGGAAUAUAAACUAAC